AUGGCCCAACAGUCGCCGCUCUCCCUCCUCUACCCGCUGGGCGCCAACGACGACGACGAUGGCGGCAUCAGCCUGCCCAACCAGCGCUCGUUUCAGGGACCCUGGUUCUCGCAGCAGGUCACCCUCUCGCUCGCCAUCGGCAUCCUCUCGCUCAUCGCAUUCACCUUGCUCCGCCGCAAAAACACCGCCCUAUUCGCCCCGCGCACAAAGCUAAAGGGCUUCUCCCCGCUCGACGAUGCCGGCUUCGACGCCGGCUACUUUGGCUGGAUCUGGUCCACCAUAAAGACCGACGAGAUGCGCAUCCUUCACACCGUCGGCCUCGAUGCCGCCGUCCUCCUCGCCUUCCUCAAAAUGGGCUUCUGGCUCUUUUCCAUCAUCAGCAUCUGGUGCUGCCUCGUCCUGAUGCCCGUAAACUACUGGCAGAACGGCGUCCUCGACGGCGUCUCUCCCGCAGAGGACCAGCGCAACGGCACCCACACCAGCCCCACACUCUCGUCGUUGCCCCGGUACAGCAUCUCCAACCACAGCCACGCCACCCACCCGCCGCCGCUGCCCCAGUUGCCGCUCCCCGCACCACAGCCCCACGCCAUCGCCUACCACUUCACCCACCUCCUCAGCGUAUACGCUUUUACCCUGCUAGCCCUCCGAGCCAUUUGGAAAAACUACCACACCUUCGUGCGCUCGCGCCAGCUCUACAUCCUCGAGAUCCUCGAGUCCAUCCCGGCUCGCACCGUCGAGAUCCGCGACCUACCGCUCCACUUGCGCGACGACCGCGACCUCGCAGAGUACUUCGAGGCCAUGGACAUGCGUGUCGAGAGCACCGCCGUCGUACGCAAGGUCGGCGGACUCUCAAAGCUCCUCACAGCCCGCGAAAAGGCGCUGCACAAGCUCGAAAACACUUGGGUCCAGUGGCUUGGAAACCCCACAGACGCGGAAGGGUACGAUCCGGACAAGAUCAUGCUGCUCGCCGCCGCCUACCACGAACAUGGCCCCGACGAGCUCCUCGAACAGAGCUCCCUUCAAGGCACGGCCCGCGAACCGCAGACAGGACAACGGGCAGCUACCGACACCGAGUCGAGCGUGCUGCUGCCCCAGCGACAGCCAGGCUCCCGUCCGCGUCCCAGGUCGACGCUCAACAUCUCGGGCGCCGACACGAUCCGCACCAAGAAGAUGCGGCCCAGGAUGCGGCGCAACCCCUGGAACCCCUUCUCUGACAAGAUCGACGCGCUCGACGAGCUCACGCGGCGCUACAACGAGCUCGACCGUGCCGUGCGCGAGAGGCGCCGCGCCGGACGCUUCGCUGGCAGCAAGGUCGGCUUUGUCACGUUUGAGGAUGCGGCAAGCGCCCAGAUUGCCUCCCAGACGGUCCACUACCCGACGCCCGCCCGCUGCCGCACUUCGAUGGCGCCCGAGCCUCGCGACAUCAUCUGGUCCAAUGUCGACCUCUCCAAUCUGGACCGGCGCGUCCGUCAGGUCAUCGUCAGCGUCUGCAUGAUCCUGCUCCUGGUCUUCUACAUCCCGCCGCUGGUCUUUCUUGCCAGCUUCCUCAGCCCAGGCGCCAUCAAAAGGUACCUGCCGUGGCUCGAUCGGCUGCUCGGCACUGACGAAAGAUUGCGCGCGCUUGUGCAGAACAAUCUGCCGUCGCUCGUCCUGAUAGGCUUUAACAACCUGCUGCCGCUCAUCCUCGAGUGGUCCGCGGUGGCACAGGGCAUCAAGACCAGGUCCCUGGUCGAGUACAGCGUCCUGAAAAAGUAUUACCUCUUCCUGAUGGUCUCGGUCGUUUUCAUCUUCCUGAUCACCACGACGGCUUGGGGGGUGCUCCAGGAACUGGCGGCCAACCCAGCUCGCCUGAUCGACAAGCUGGCCGCGUCGCUACCCGGCGCUCGGUUCUUCUCGCUCUCCUACGUCAUCAUCACCGGCAUCGCGCUCCAGCCGCUGCAGCUGCUGCAGCUGCCGACGCUGAUCCUCCGCGGCUUCUACCGCGUCUUCUUGACGCGCACACCGCGCGAGUUUGCUGAGCUCAACGCGCCGCCUACGCUCGUCAUGGGCACAAUCUACCCGCAGGCGCUCCUCAUCUUCACCCUCUGCAUCCUCUACAGCAUCGUCAGCCCUCUCAUCUGCAUCUUUGGCGCCGUCUAUUUCGGGCUGACCUACGUCGUGACCAAGUACAAGCUCCUCUACGUCUUCUACAAGCCGUACGAGUCACAAGGCCAGGCAUGGCCGAUUUCGGCCUCGCGAUGCAUCUGGGCGCUGGUCCUCUUCCACGUGUUCGAGUUCUCCGUCUUUUCGGUCCGCAAGCAGCUCCUCGCCUCGGUACUGGUCGUGCCGCUGCUCAUCUUCACCAUCUGGUUCAACCACCACCUCUCGCUCACCUUUGGGCCGCUCACACAUCACGUCAACCUCUCGAGCCUGAUCGAGGUGACAAAGGACCUGCAGCGUUCCGGCAAGACAUCCGAUGCCUUUUCUCAGAUGGCCCAAGCCGGCCCGCCCGCUGCGGCUGUUGCCGACGAACUUCUCGGUCGCAGCGGCGAUGCGGAAACGUCGUCGCCGUCUGCGAAGGCCGCGGCUGCUGCCAACAAGGUGGCUAAAGACAGCCAUCGAGCCUUGCUGGCGCUGGAUCCGGAGCAUGCCGUCGAGAGGAGACACACAGACCUCGCUCGAAAGCGUCUGGAGCCCGAGGACGAUACCCUGUUCGUCGCACAGAGGGACGCCAAGACCGACUACAGGGAACCCCCCGGCUCCGGCUACUAUCCGGGCGUACUCAACACGGGCAGGAGGAGAUAUGGUCACCCCGCGAUUACUGGAAUCCUGCCGGACCUCUGGCUCCCCAUCCCGAUCGAAGCGACUUCUGCAGAGGAGCAACAGGACGCGACCGCCUCAGCCGCUACCAGCUCGGGAACAACAGCACGUGGCAGCACGGACGAUCUCGAGUCCGGGCUGGCGGCCGCAACUGCCUCGAGUCAUCGCUCGCUCGCCUCGGCCGCGGCUGCGGUCAAGGCGAGGGAGCGGGCGCUCUCGAAAGCCGAACCGCUCAUCCUCUCUCUCCGUCGUCGCAAAUCGUCGCUCCUCUCCUCCAUGUCUUCGUCAACGGUCGGCGCGGGCGCGGGAGAUGGCAGGACAGGUACUCGACGGAGGACUCCAAACUCGACCCGGCCCCCGCCGCCGACCGAAGAUCUGGUAGGCAUCUGGAGCGACGGCGUGUCUGGACCGCAGGGGAGCAGCAGCCAGGCGGCCGUUGGAGAGGUGCUGGCGGGCGAUCGCGCAGUGGCGCCUGCGAGGACCAGGCUGAGCAGUCUGAGAUAUGGAGCGGCGCAUCAGGGUCAGGAUGGCGGGGUUGCAGAGGAAGCCAACAUGGGCGAGGAGGGAGAGCUCGAAGAGAAUCGGGCGGAGGAGGAAGAGGAGGAUGACGACGAAGGUGUGUACAUGCAUCGUGCGGCGAGGAGGGGUUCAGCGUCGUACCGCGACUAG